CUCUCUCUGCCGGCUGACGAGAAAACCCUCAGCUGCAGAGAUGCACCUUCCACUCUGCAGCUGUGCAGCUGUGCAGCGGUGAGGCCGUACGCUGACGACAUGCUGCUGUCCGCCUGCUGGGGGGCUGCGCUGCUGCUGCUGCUGCUGGCGGCUGGAACUCAGGCUCAGAGCGGAGACGGAGACACCGACACAGAGCCCAGAAUCCUCUGCAGCUCUGACAUCCUGAGAACAGGCAGCAGUCUGAGCUGCCAACUGCUCGGAGGCAGGAGCAACAACGAGGACGACGAAGACGCCGAGGCCGACCGCAUCAUGAACAUGACAGUGUGCUUCUCAGACUACUAUGAGAACAGGAUCAAGUGUUUGAGUGAUGGCGGAGCUGUGGUGAGCUUCAGAGGUCGGACUCCGCUUGUUCCCGUGAACGUGAACGUCCACCUGCAGAGAGGAGGAACCGUUAACGUCACCGUCAACCUGAUGAAGAUCGUUAAACCGAGAAGUCCUCAGGUGAAGAACGUCACUUUCGACACAGAGGCGAACCAGGCCGUGAUCCAUAUUCAGACUCCGUACUUCAGCGAUUACCUGAAACUAGACAACCAACUCUUCCAGCUGCACAUCUGCAACGCAAGCAGCACAAUCAUUCAGAACAUCUCUUCAGACACUCUACCGAUCGACAUGGACUUUCUCCAAAAACAAGCUGAGUAUCACGUCAAAGUGCGAGCGCUGCCGGUGAGCAUUCUGCAGGGAACCUGGAGCGACUGGAGUCAAACGUUCGCAUUCUUCACUCCCCCGGGAGAAAACAUCCCACAACGGCCAGAUGAAAAACUGAUAGUGUGUCUCAUCGUUCUGGUGAUUGUGCCUUCAAGCGUCAUUUUCUUCCUGAAAAACAAAAUAUUCACCUGUGUGUGGCCGAGCAUCCCUCACCCCAAACACACUCUGGUGCACAUCUGCAAGCCCAAUAAAGGCCUCCUGUUGAACUUUAAACCGGAGGUGUUCAGUGCCCUUAAAUUAGAGAAAACAGCGGACCAGCCGUGUGAAACCGAGUCUUCGCUCGCUGCCAGCGGUGCCCAGUCGAGCGCUCCCAGCUCCACCCAGAGCUCCGACUGCUCCCGGAGCGCUUCCAGCGUCGACACAGAGGAGCUGGAGCUGUCCGCCCUGCUGAGCCGGGGCUCCGUCCACGGAGAGGACAGCCUUCACGGAGAAGACAGCCUCCACGGAGAGGACAGCCUCCACGGAGAAGACAGCCUCCACGGAGAGGACAGCCUUCAGGGAGAGGACAGCCUCCAGAGCAACGGUCCUUCCCCCGGGGAGAGAGCUCUCACUCCUCCGUCUGACGGAGGACACGAGUACGUCACCAUGUCCAGUUUCUAUCAGAUCAAGUAGUUCAGGAGGAGAAAGAGGAACAGGAUCUUUAUCAAACUGCUCAGAAUGUUUCCAAUCAGGAGAGGACACAAAAUGAUUGAAUGGCUAAAAAAGGUCUUGCAACAAAAUUGAAAAUGGGACAAAAAUAUCAAAAAAAUGGACACAACCACCAUCACCAUGUUCAGUUUCUAUCAGAUCAAGUAGGUCAGGAAGAGGAACAUUGAUGGACAAACAAAUAGAACGAGGAUCUUUAUCAAUCAGAAGUGGACACAAAAUGAUAAAAAGGUGAAGCCACGCCCUUCCUGUGUCCACAAUGGGACUUUAUUUCAGUAAAAAUUCAUCCGGUAGACAAUGUUUAACCUACGACAAACUUAUCUUUUAAACUGACAAACAUCAAAAGUGCAUUUCUUGGCACCAUUCAGACAGGAUUUAAAUAUUAUAUGUCUCUCUCUGUUCACUAACGGACACAUUCUUUAUGAAAUAAAGUCCCAUGGUGGACAUAGGAAGGGGCCGGACUUUUCUUGUCUAUUUAAUGGAUAAGAAAAAAAAUGGACCUAGCAUCUGUGACAUCACCCAUUGGUUUGUGGACUGCCUUUUUGAAGCCUAAAUUUUGGCCGUCGCCACCUUGUUUUGUUGCAACAGGAUGUGAUGAUUUUUGCCGAGAGAGAUGGUGGAGCUGGGGAGCAUGACCCGGCCCAGCCAGUGUUGUUUAAUUGCGGUGCCAAAGCUCUGAAAAAUCGGCCACUUUAUUGUAGCGUGAAAGUUUCCCAGUGUGUCAAAGUAGGAUAAAAAAAGGAUUUUUACUUUUAACGUUCACUUGAUGCCGAAUGUAGCAGUUUGCAAAACGUGUGCGACUAACCAAGACGUUUCAAAUGUAGCUUUUUGAGUUUUUGUUGCUUUUGAUGCCAUAUGAUUAUAUAAGUACAUAUUCAUCAUAUUCUUAUUCUUAUUCUUAUACAUGGUAUACUGACAUACGUCCUCUUACAGUCGCCUGGCGUUGGAGGAACUUUAGAAGAUCAUACCCGUGUUUCUGCAUGUUUUACUACAAAUCACAGAAAGAUGUUUCCAGAGCAUACUACCUUCAAGGCUAAAAUCAAUCAGUUAAAGGGUCAGGUAAUCUUUUAGCUGGAGAGAAUGGCCAUAGAUAGCAAAAGAAAUGGACACAGCGAUGCCGUAGACUUCGAUGGAGACCAGUGAAGUCUAUUAGAAGCGCUCCAGUGCUGGCUGAGCGUUACUGCACAGCCUCAAACUGAGCUUGACGACGUAGCUGUGACGUGAGCAACCUGUCUGAAAGUGUGAAGUCUUCUGGUAGCUGUGCCGAGAGAAAUCUCAAUCAUUCCCAAUCUUACAGAGACGGAGCGUGUGAGUAGGAGCUGUCCAUGAGCGUAGAAGCAGGAGCAAAACGUUGCUGAAAUAUUUAGUUCCGAUGCUUUCAUGGACUCUCUCUGGGCUUCUACCUUGACUGUAUGAUGCCUCCACGUCCCCCCAAUUGCCUGUGAGCUUCUCCUGUACUAUACGGUAAUUCCUCUACUGUGCGACAGAAAGUCGCGUGGUUAUGACACAAUCGUUAGCCUAUUUUUACAAAAACAGCUGCUAAAGGGCCAUAAC